UUUCAGAAAAAAUAAAAAAAUAUUUAUUAAUGAAUUUAUCAACAUCCUUAUUCACCAAUAAUUCUUCUAAAUUGCCUAAUUCCUUGGGAGAAUCACCAUUUCUUGCGGAUAUAAAUUCUUUAGAAGAUGAACAAUGGGAGGAUGAGAAUGAAAGACCCGACGAGUCGGAAAUGCAAACUAGAAGAACUGUGAAGCUUGUAUUUUGUAUUGGAUAUGCAAUUCUAUUUUUGCUGGGAACUCUGGGCAACGGGUUAGUUAUCGUUAUGAUUGGAAACGUUUUGUCUACAUUAAAUAGAAAUCGUCAAAAAUCAGGUGCCGGUCCAAGUAGAAAAAUGCUUGCUCAAGCUAGUGCUGUGCACGUUUUUAUAUACGUUUUGGGUAAUAAAUACUUUUUUAAAAUAAAUUGUAAAUUUUUAGGUUUAUCUAUUGUCGAUUUAUUUGUAAUUAUGCACUUACCUAUGCUCAUUUUUGAAAUGUUAGAAGGCCAGUGGAUAUUUGGGGGAGGAAUGUGUAAAUUAUACUGGUUCGGCGAGUCUGUAAAUAAAUUGCUCAGUUCAUUUCUUAUGACAGUGUUAAGUUGGGAUCGUUUUAUGGCCGUCUGCUAUCCAAUAAGGUCAAUAGGAAUGCGGACAAACACAGUUGCAAUUUCCGUUUUAGCUAGUUGUACCUUUAUUGCCACACUUCUUCUCUACCCCGUCCUAAAAGAAUCACAAGUUUACCAAGUUAAUAGACUUACGGGACUGAGACUUGUUGAUGAAGAAAUUAUUGCUGCUUCACAACAACAUGAUCUUCCUAGUAAUUAUUCUUUUACACCACCACAACCACACCAAAUUGUGCUCAAAUGUGUGUUUGAUACAAAUUCACCUUUCUUUAUGUUAUACACAUUUACUGUUGGAUAUUUAAUUCCGGCAAUGUUAAUUACUUUCUUUUAUGCACAGGUAAGGGAUUAUAUAGUAAAAUAUAAACUUGAAUUGUAAAAUACAAAUAGACUUGAAUUGUAAACUUAAAAAAUAAACUUUUUAGUAUAUACAGAAAAAAUAAACUUGAUUGUAAAAUUGUAAAUUGAUUUAUAGGAAAAAUAAACUUGAAUAUUAUAAUUGUAAACUUGAAAAAAAGAAAAAUAAAUA